GUCAUCAAAACAAAUAUGGCGUCAAGAGCCCGACCCGUGUAUGUUAUUUUUAGUUCUUGUGUGCAAUUUUAAGUGAAUUUAUAGCGUGCUAUUGUCAAAAAAAUAUGAAAACAUGGAUAUUCCAAAUAAUACCACGUCUUCUUCAAGUUUUUGCGAAAAAUUUGAGUCUGAAUUGACUGAAUACGAACAACAACAUCAAGGGGCUCAAAAAAAACCAUGGACUGCCGAAAGAGUUUUGGAGGUUAUGAACAAUCUCCGAAAAGCUAGGGUGACCGUGAGUUUAAAUCAACCCAAGACGUCUAUGGACUAUUACUGGCUAUCAAAGUAUGACAUAAUGAAAAUGGAAAAUGAAGAGUUUUUAAUAUUUAAACGAAAAACUCUAAAAGAUCCAAUUAUACGUAUUGUACCAAGAAACCAAUACUUUACCAUCCUAGAAGAAGUCCAUAUAUCUUGCGGCCACGGCGGGCGGGACAAAAUGACACAAGCUAUAAAAUCAAAAUUUUAUAUACCGAAAAAAGCAGUAGAAAUAUUCGUUUCUCAUUGUCCUACAUGCGAAACAAAAAAACAGCUCAGAAAAGGAAUUGUGUCUCAAGAUUAUAAUAUCAGUGGGCAGGUGGAUGUAAUGGAGUUCCAAUCGUGUCACGACGCUGAUGGCGAGUAUAAGUGUAUGCAAGGUGCUAUUUCAACGUUUGAUACUCUGCAAAAUGAAUAUAUCGACGCCGAUACGAGUUCAGGAAUCUCACCAGAUCGUCGGCCAUCGUCAACCAGCAAUACACCCAAUCGAGAUCCCUCUGACGACAUCCCAGAAUCCGACGACGCCGACGCCCCAGCGGCGUUCACUACACAUACUCCACACAAGCGACAAACCAAUCGCAAACGCAAGGUAACAAGUGAGAAAACAAAAGUCUCUACUACGCAUGAGGCGUUUGGUCACUAUAUUGCGGACAAGUUACAAAAUCUGCCGCAUAAGCAAAGAAUUUUUGCAGAGAAAAUAAUAAAUGACGCAAUUUUUGAGGCAGAGCUCGGGAAUUUAAGUAGAGACUGUUAUGUUUAUGUGCCACGGAUAAAGACAUCAGGUUCGGAGUGAUUGUCGGUUGAAAUUUGUUUCUUUACAUGUGAUGGUUGUUUUUUUUUUAAAGUAGUGGGCUUCUGAAGCUGCAGACCUCGCUACAAGUUAAUAAUUCUAAAAUGUUAAUAUAAUAUAAUUUAUUUAUUUAAAUUUUAUUGCACCAAAUAUAUACAAGAAUGUACAAAUGGCGGACUUAAUGGCAAAUGGCAUACUCUACCAGUCAACCAUAGGGUCAAAUAGAGAUACAAAUAUAAUCAUAAUUAAAAAAAAAUACUAUAAAAAUCCUUAGGCACAGUCAUUAUCAUAGCAGAUUGACAAAUCUCACAAUGGUCUUCAGCGCCAUACCCUAAUGGCGCUUAAGUAUUUUGAAUUUGAGCCAUUUCCUGUUUUAUUAUUAUUGCAUUAGCCAUUUGAACAUGUUGACAGCUAUUGAAGUUCAAAUAUAAAGAAAUAAUUUACUCUAACAGCUUUUUUCAAAAACGUAUGUAAGCAUUUUUUUGUAUGUCAAUAAAGAUUUCAAUAAUUUACCAGAUGUCUUAAAUAGUGACCUGAUUUUUCUGAAUUUAGUCAUAAGUUGUAUAAAUGGUGCUUAAAUCAAAUGUACUAUAAUAUAAAAAAUAUAUUUAAAAAUGAUGUUAGUGGCCAAUACAUAUUAUUGUGUAUGAAAUCUACCAUUUGACAUUUCUUUCCCUGUGUGUGUGUAAUAUUUGUUAUUCGUUGUCUAAAUUAUUUCUAUAAUAAUAAUAAUAAUUAUUAUUAUUAUUAAAUUAUUUCUAUAGCAUAACAUCGAUAUACCUAUAUUAAUUUUAGAUUUUAUUUUAACAUCCGCCUAUAUUUACACUUAUGAUGUAUAUUAACCUUAGCUAAGCCCCAUACCCCUACGUUACAUUUGACUUAUUGCGCAGGACCGGCGCGAAAUUUAGUCUUAAGCAUAAACAUUUUUAGAUAUUCAAUGACAUUCAUUAUAUUAUUUUCAUUCAAACACGAAGGGUACUGUGACCUGUGACAUAUGUCAUCUCAAUACUAUUUAUAUUCUUGCAAAAAUAUAUUGAGACAAAGAGAAUGUCUCCUUUGUCUAAGAUUGAGAUGACAUGUGUUACCGUACCCAUCGUGUUUGAAAAAUAUUGCACGCCAAACAUCAGAUCGAUUCUGAUUGCGACGCACUUUAUGUAACAUUAUAUAUUUGUUAUAGGUACUUUCGUAUAAUAAAUUAUUUGUAUGAAAAA